AUGAAUUGCAGACCAUUUCAAUAUAUAGAUUAUGUCAAUGAAUCAAUUUAUAUUGAUGAAGAAUUUCCAUUUUUCUGCUUCAUGGAAUCCAGAAUUAAAAAUAUUCAUCUUGGAAAUAAUAUUGAGACUAUUCCUCCUUUUGCUUUUGCUUAUAGUUAUGUUGAGACAAUUAAUCUCGAAAAUAUUAAAAUUGUUUCAUCAGAUGCAUUCUACCAAUGCAUGAACCUUCUUGAGAUAACAUUUUCUGAAAAGCUUGAAUUUAUUGGGCCAUUAGCAUUUGAUAGAUGCGAAAAUUUGGAAUCAAUAAGAAUAAAUUCACAGAGAAUAAUUGAUGUGGGAUAUCGUGUUUUUGAAAAUUGUCUCAAGCUUAAUGUUGCUAACAUAGUAUCUCUAAUGUCAGAUAUUCCUAAUGAAUGCUUUAGAUAUUGUCGCGGCGCGACGAUUCCUAUUGUUACUUCAUCUUUAUGCAGAAUCAUCGGCAAUAAGUCAUUUAAAGAAUGUAAUGGGAGCAUUAUUUUAAAUGAAGGACUUGAAGUAAUCAGUGAUCGAGCUUUCGAAGGGAGCUUGUUUUCAUCCAUUAUAAUUCCGUCAACCGUCAAAUAUAUUGGAGUUGAAUCCUUACAGUAUUGCAGAGAAUUAGAAACUAUUGAAAUUCCAUCAUCUGUUUCAUAUAUAGGUGAAAAAUGUUUUCGACAGUGCGAAAAUUUAAAAUCAGCUGUUAUGGGCAAAAACAUUACUUUUUUACCAGGAAAUGUUUUUGAUGGGUGCUAUAGUCUUUCAAAUAUCACAUUUUUAGGAAAGAUAAUUCAUUUUGAAUAUUGCUGCUUUCUCUCAACAAAUAUCAAGUCUUUUAAGUUGCCUACAAAUAGUAUUACAAAAUAUGGACUGUUUGCAGGUGUUGACUUGAAAUUUCUUGAUGUUGGAGAUAAUUCAGUAGUAUGUAUAGAAGAUAUACAAUCAUCAGCUCUCAAUAUGAUUUUGGGUAAUAAUGUCACAAUCACAAUUUCUGAUUUAACUAAUAUUGAGCAGAUAAAUGUUUUUUAUAAGGGAAAUGCAAAAUAUGACUCUGAAGUUGAUCAAUCUCUUUAUUAUUUAUUGAAUUUAACUAACAAGUCUAAAAUAUAUGUAACUUCUCGGUAUAGAAGCUGCACAUUUUGUGGAAUCGAAGUAAUCCACACAAAUUUUAAUCCAUUUGAAACUCAAAUUUCUUCAUUUCAUCGUCUCCAACGACAUUUACGCGAGGUAGAAAUUCCAUCAAAACAAUGUGAUCUCAAUGCUUAUGUCACCCGAUAUAUUGCAUAUUUCGUCAGAAAAGCACAACAACUUAUUAUUUCUCUAUCUUUAUGUCCUUCUCGCUGA